CUGAAAAAUUGUCUUAACAUUUUCUUAUCACAUUACAUCAAUUUUCUUCGCAACUUUUUGAAGAUAAAUUUAUAUUCCAUUUGUCUCCAGCAUCGUGCUCUUCAUGGCAUCGUUUAAGACAGCUCUACCUGCUCCAUUUAGUCUCCAAAAGAGAAUAGUUCUAGUUGGGAGACAGGGGGUAGGGCUGCUGUCCAUCCCUCCCACCAUCAGGUGUAUUGCCUAAUGCUCCACUCAGAUCAUAUCUUCAGUCUCACAUUAGUGGAGCAGCCACAGGCUUUUGUCCAAUCAUUUUUUCAUCUUAGAACUAGAAAAUCUCAAAAUAUUUGAUUUUUUAGCUUCUUCCCGUAUGUUUCCCACAUGAAGCUUCACACCAUUUUGUCUAGUUAAGUUCUCAAAAAAAGGCUGACACAUUUUUGCUGAAACAUGGAAUAAAAACAUGAAAGAUGAACAUCACACACAGAAGUUUUCAGCUUGAAUUAUGAAAAAUAUUUAUAGUGAUGAUGCAAAUGAAGAAAAAAAAAUAUAUAUACAAUUUCUGAGUUCAAGUUCAAGUUCUUAAAAAAUCAAAGUCAAUUUUUUACAAUUUGUAUCAGAGCAGUGCCUGAUACUAAAGUAAAUGAAAGAUUACACUCUUAUAUAAGUAAAAGUGAAGAAAGAAAAUGAAGAAAAGAAGAAAAUGAGGGUGGGCGUUUUUUCAAAAGAAAAUGAAAAAAGUGAAGUAAGAAAAACAAAGAAAGUAAAUUAAGAUUACACUUGUAUGUACUGAGCACUCUUCAUAUACAGUUUUAAAAUUAAAAAAAAGUGUCAUUAAUCAAUGCAUGAAAUGAAAAUAAAUAAACAGCUAUGUAAAUUUACAGAGAGUUGAACUACUAAACCCAGAUUAUAGAGUUGGGAACUUUCCAUAAUAAUAUCCUUAGUGAUGGGGUUGGAGUGGGCUACUGGAAAUAAUCACCAGUCCAAUGCACGGUGCCACUGGUACAGACCUACAAGUGCACUUUCCUGAUGGCUGGUUUGUUUUCCCAAAGCCAGCAAGAGCAGAUUCCCACAGUCACUGUCCCACGUGUUUGCAGACCUGCAGAAGAGCUCGGGUUCACAUCACCUGGGUAACAAGUAUUUUGUGGCUUCCUAGCCUGAAGCUGGGAAGAAAUUGAGCUGGGGAGAAAGAAGCUGGGCAGAGGCCAGGCACCUUUUGCAGAGGAGCUGACAGGAGGGGGUUGAUGUACAACUUCUUCAGGAACUCAUCAAACCUCAUUAGUAACUUCGCUAUUUCUUGUUUUGGCUUUGUUACUUGGGCAAUGGAAGAGACAUGGCACAAAGAAUGGAUUUGGGGACACGCUGUGUCUGAGGUGCUGGACAACAAGCGAUGUUUCUGCCUCGAUUUUCCGGCAGAGCAGACUGAGGGCAGAAAGCAGCUUUUGGGGGGAUUCUGUAGUUAGUUUGACAGGACAGGCAGAGUCCACGGUGCGAUUCUCUCCGUGGAAGAGCAGCCGCGGGCAAGGCCAGGCUGCCGAAGGAUGCAGGGAUGGAGGAGGUUUCGGAUGGGACGCGCGACUGAGAGGAGCUGUUUCAAGGUCACGCCGCAGGUGAGGCAGGAACCAAGGAAAUCGGGAACCGACGACCUUCAUUCCCACAAGCGCCCGUGCCCAAACCGCCAGCGCCGCCCCUUCCCGGCAACCGCGCCCCGCCCGCGGCCGCUUCCGCACCGCGCCUGCAGCACAUGCGCGGACCCUGCCGGCCUCCUGCCGCGUCCCUCCCCCCGCCUCUUCCUUCCCGCCUUUGCCAUGGCGACACCGAGCGGCCUGAUCCGGGCCCUACACCGCGGGACCCUCGGCCAGAACAUGGUUGUGGAUCGGAUUUUUUCUGGUAUCCAGCCAACUGGGACCCCUCAUCUGGGUAACUACCUUGGAGCCAUUCAGAACUGGGUGAAUCUGCAGGAAAAGUGCAGCUCAGUGCUCUAUAGCAUUAUGGACAUGCACUCUCUCACCAUGCCCAAGGAGCCAGCUGUCCUGCGCCAGAACAUCCUGGACACCACUGCUGCCAUCCUUGCCUGUGGGAUUGACCCCAAGAAGUGUUUCCUGUUCCGCCAGUCACUGGUUCCCGAGCAUGCAGAACUUGCCUGGAUUCUUGGGUGCUUAACUAAUGUGCCACGUCUACUACGUUUGCCCCAGUGGAAGAUGAAGCGUGCCAGCCAGAAUAGCGAAGGAACUGUUGGUUUGUUGACUUACCCUGUGCUUCAAGCAGCAGAUAUUUUGCUGUACAAGUCAACACGUGUUCCUGUUGGAGAAGAUCAAGUCCUGCACCUGGAACUAGCCCAAGAUAUAGCACAACAUUUCAACAAGAAAUAUGGAGAAUUCUUUCCUGUACCCAAAGCCAUUUUAAGUACAACAAAGAAAAUAAAAUCACUCAGAGAUCCAUCAGUGAAGAUGUCCAAGUCAGACCCACAGAAGUUAGCUACUGUUAGCAUAGCAGACAGCCCUGAUGAAAUAGUGCUGAAAUUUCGCAAAGCUGUGACUGACUUUACCUCGGAGGUGACCUACGAGCCCACUGCUCGCCCCGGUGUCUCCAAUCUGGUGUCCAUUCACGCUGCAGUGACGGGGCUUAGCAUCAGAGAGGUGCUGCACCAAGCCACUGGGCUCGACACUGCUCACUACAAAAUGGUGGUAGCAGAGUCGGUUAUCCAAAAAUUCGCACCUAUCAGGAAUGAAAUCAAGAAACUCCAGGAAGACAAGUCUCAUUUGAUAAAAGUUUUAGAGGAUGGAGCAGAGAAAGCCAAAGAGCUGGCUGCUCCUAUCUAUCAAGAAAUAAAGAGACUGGUGGGAUUUCAAUAGAAGCUGCUGAGUAGUUGCAAGGACUUUUGUGUCAUGGGACAGAGAUUUUGUUAUUUGUAACAAAAUCAUUUAUUAAUUAUUAAUCAUUUUGUUUUGAAACAAAAACAUUCUUUCCAGGAAGAUCCAAGGAGAACGUUGAAGGUGAUUGCAUUAAAAAGUGCAUGAAGCCAGAUAUUUCCAGCGGGACCAGCAUUAAGCUUGUCUGGAUAGUUAAAGAGGGAGGACAGAAGCAAUCACAAUUCACAAAGAAAUUAUGCAAAAGCAGAUUAUAAGAUUGCCUGAGUGGGUUUUUGGAUUUUUCUACUGACCACUGCAAGAUGCUGAAGUGUAGGCAAGGUGACCAGAAUCUAGCAGAAAGAUUUGUAAUCCUCUCAAGAACAUACUUAGCUGUGUAUGUGCUGUUGUUACAGAUGGACAAUUUAUCCUAUUGGGGGUUAUUCAGCUUUGAUAUGCUGAUUGAACAUGUUCUUGGAUAACCAAAACAAAACCAGAGACUCAAAAAUAAAUGCUCAGGGUGAUGAAGAGGGAACUUCUCUCUUUAGUUUCUUCAAUUUCAGUGUGAAUUUUCUUUUGUAUCUGUGUAGUUUGUGUGAAGUGAAUUUCAAUUCUGCCAUUUGUGCCAUCCUGCUGGUCAGGUCUAAGGUACUUCAGUGAGAAAUGACAUGUGCUUCAGCUUCUCCUAUUUCACCUGCUGUUCUGUUUAGCAAGGAGCUCCAGAAUUUUCAGUCCAGCAUCAAGUCUAGAAUAGCUUUUAAGAAGGUGUAGAAGAGAUGUAAUCCUGAAUCAAAGAAAUCUUGGGUUGAGAAUCAGAGAACUUUCUAUAAAGUUUACAAAAUUGCUUCUUUAGAAAAUUGUGCUACGGUCAGAGCCAUAACAGAAUUAAAUGGGUCUUUAUGGACUCUUCACUACUGAGCCUUGAGAAAGUGAAGUGAUGGGAGAGCAGUGUUAGCCUGCCCUAAUCUUGGGCCUCACAAGAUCCACGGAUUUGGACCCAUGGAUUGUGGCACUUGUUGGGGAAUGUGUGGCAAAGGGGCAUUGCCAAAAGGAGACACCAUGUUCUGAAGAGGGAGAGUAGUACAUGUUAAAAGGUAAUGAAAGCCCUACUGAUCCUGUGCCAACUUAUUUAGCUGUGUCGUUACAUUUCAUGAUGCUGUGUUUGAAAUUGCUUUACUGUAAUGUAAAUUGAGUUAAUCCUGUACUCUGGCAGCUCAUAACCACGCUAUGCCUGUGGCAUUUGUCAUGAAGGAUUGCAGUCUUACAUGGCUGGGUUCUACAUAGUGCAGUUGGCUGGUUGGUUGUUUUGGGUUUUCUAAAAAGCAGUAUUUAGUUAAUUAUAGUGAGUUGAUUCAGAAAGAAAUAUUUAAUUUUCCAAAACAUAAAGCUGAGGACUGAGCACCUCCAGAUCUGUGCUGAGACCUGUAUUUAUUUGUUAGGGAUCUGAAGAAGAGAACUGCCAUGCAAGAACUUCAUGAUGACAGAUUUUCUAAAAUUAGUCAAGUCUAGAGAAGCAGAGUGGAUGGAGACAGACUGAUUGGAACCAAACUCAAUAUAGACAAGCCUAAGGUAAUGUCCUCUGGAAAGAAUAAGUAUAUUCAAAAAUUGUCCCUGGUUUUAAAUAGGCUGUAGUGGAUAAGGAAAGGACAUGUUAUAACUGCACAUAUUUACAUAGUUUUAUGAAACUUUUGUUAGUGUUUAACAGCUGCAUUGGGGCACUAAGAUGAAAAACUAAGGCACACAAUUACUGCUGCUUCCUGACUUGGCAUAAAAUGUUUGCUGUGGCACUUUUUAAUAUAGAUUGAUUUCUGCAAAGGUCCCACAGUAUAUACCUUAAGAGAAGCUAACACGGUCCUCAUGAAGACUCUGAAAAUCUUUAAUACUAGUGUAUCUAGUUUCUACCUGUACCUCUUUUUCACUAGCAAACAUAUAUUCAAAAGACAACUCAGAGUUUCAAGGUCUCUUUACACUUCUGAUACUCAAAUCACCUAAUAUAUAGAAUUGCCAUUCAACAUGCCUUCUCUGCAGUGGAAGGAAAAUAGGAGCAUUCAUGGGAGGGGUUGACGCCAACAGGUAAUUUUGGUUUGUUGCUUAAACUGUUCUGAGCAAUCUUUCCAAAACUGUUGGAUCCUUUUUCAGAAAAUCAUGUAAGUAAAGCAGGAAAAAAACUUCAAAAUAGCCUUUUCUUUGAGCUAGGGGUUUAAGGCAUUACAUAUUUAGCUGUGUUUCAAUCAAAUACACUAAUUUGCCUCUUUUUAAUUCAAUAAUACAUUGAGGGUUUUUCCUUCCCUUUCCCCUAUCAGUCAAACAAGUCUUAUUUGCCUGACCUGUUUCCUUCAAGUAAGGAAAUAUACAUGUUUUUUCAUCUUCAGAAAAGUUAAACUUGUGUAAAAUGAGUAUAUUAUCCUACUGAUUGUUAACUAAGCUUUUCAUUUCAGUUGCUUCUGUGGAGGAAUUCUCAAAAUAAUAUGUGUUUGCCCAGUGAAAUAAUCCCGAUUCCAUUAACAGCCAUGAUCCUUAGAAUCCCUUGAGAGGAGACAACAAAUGUAGAUGUUUGCAGGUAUCUGUUGCCUAUUUCAGGUUUUUUAGAGUGGUUUUUUUUUCUGCAAAGUUAACCAUCUUGGCACUCAGGUGGUUUAGCUGAGCUUGAAGCAAUGAGUUGAUUCCAAGCUACUCUCUCCUCUUCUACCUCCCUGUUUCCCUUUGGGAAUGUCAUAUUAACACCCAUUCUGUAUAGGGUUCUGUGGCAAUGUUAACUAAGGAGUGCAGUUGAGUUGGAAUAGCUGCUUAGAGAAAAAUUGUUGGAGAAGACUUGAUGCUUUAUGUUUCAUAGUUAUUUAUUUCACAUUAACUCUGGUGCUGGGGAUUUAAUGUUUGUUUGCAACAAAAUAGAUGCACUCCUGAAACACAUUUUCAUGUUUUUUUUAAUCCAAAUCACAUUCUUCAAGACUUCUCUGUGAUGUCAGUUGAAGUGCAGUUGGUGAGGAGUUUCUGCAGAAGCACACUCCUCAUCCCAGCUGCAGUGUGGUAUAGACAUGCCCUGUGUUAUUGUGGAAGUCACUGUAAGGUGUUCUUCCAGGACAGGGUAGGGGAAAAGGAACAAAUAUAUAUUUCCUAAUUGAAACAAAGAGAGUCAAGAAGUGGAGAGGUAUCCUUACCCCGUGCUGUGUUGCUCACUGAAGAGCAAGCAGAAACAAUGAUCUUUUAUUUAGAAUGCAUCAGUAAUUUGUGCUUUAGACUCAAAAUCUCCUCUCUUGCCAUUUCUGUGCACCUGUUAGUAGAUGUUAUGUUCUAACCAGUUAGUAAUGUUAGUGAACGUGGCCUAUUGAAGAUCCCAACCAUUACAUAUGUAUCAGACAUAGCAUCUCCUGGUGAGAUUCACUCACCUUCAGAGAUAAGACAUCAACUCCACAGUGAAUUACUUGCAAAAAUGUAACAAAAACAUUUAUACACUUGAGACAUGCAUUUUUCCAGCUAGUUGUUCCUAGGAGUCAUGAUAUCAUGUAGUGGGUCUCAGCUCUGUGCUUUCAAUUUAGAGCACGGAGUUUACUGAGAAUUUUAGAUUCAGGAACAAUGUUUUCUGCAGCAGAGAUUCAAAAUUAUGGUUAGCCCCAUAAAUUAACUCCGGGACUGCUCCAGCAUACAUCCCUGCCUCAAAUAGCUGGAGUGCAUGGAUAUUGUACAUUAUACUGGAAUUUAAUUGUAAGUCUUAAAGAUGUGGUUGAAGUAUACUUAGUUUUCAAACACCAUGACCUGGUUUCUCAGAUUCCCCAGAAGUCUUUCUGCAUAGUUCUGAUUCAGUGUGUGUUUAUCUACAACCAGUUCAAGCAAAGCUCCUUUGCAGGAUUAUGGCUGCAUCCAUUAAAGGCUAGAGAAUUCGUAAAAAUGAGCUGAAAGUCUAAGGAACGACAGUGACAUGGGAUCCUUGGGGACUGACCUGCAUCUAAAUGUUUUGGGAACCAUAGGUUAGCAAAGCUAAUGUUUUCUUAUCCUUGGUUAGGACCAUUAUGAUCCUGACAACAGUGUAGCAGUAAAUACUGAUGAUGAAAGUUUGUUCUUUCAGCAGUCCAGCUUGGUUAGAUUUACAUUCAGUACAAGGGAUGGAUCUUUCACCAUUUUGAUCUGUGCAUAUAAACUCCUGAUUGCUGCCUACCUUUUUUUUUUUUUUUCUAAUGACUGAUGGACUGCUGCACAGAGAAAUCGUCUAGCAAGCUGGUGGAGGAAGUCUAGUGGGAAAGGGGUUUUGUUCAGGAAAUAUAUUAUCUGUUCUUGACAGGAAAACAAAGCCCCUCUUUCUGCUGUAUUGGACUGUCUAAUUUCCUUUUAAUUUUUUGAUCUGUUCAUUCUUUCUAAGUUAAUUUGACAGUAGCUGCAAGAAGAAUGUCAAUGUAUUGUGUAGUCAAAAGCCUUGGAAGGACACAGACAUCUCUUAUCUUUUCUAAGGUCUCUUAUAUAGCCAGCUUUGGGGAAAAUGCUGCAGCAAAACUGUAGUCAUAUGUGACGUUAAUUUAUCUCCUUAAAGCUUUGGUGUUUUGGUUUGGAUUUUUUUUUUGUUGUUGUUGUUCACUCAGCUGUGAAAGAAGACUUAUUAAAAAUUGAAUUCCCAAUGAAGCUUUUUAUUGCAUAGUCCUGUCCAGAUGACUGCUGAAGUAAUGGAAAAUUCUCUUUAUUAUCACAAAAGAUUCUACUCUGAUUCUCAUUGUCUUUUCUGUUAUUCUGUUGGUUGUGCUAAUAGGUUUGACAUGUAAGUAUUUAUUCUGUGUCAAUAAGAAAUCAUUUUACCUGAAACAGUCCCAUAUUAUUAUGGAAGUGGAAGAUUCACUGAUCAUUUCACUUGUAGGAGCAGCCCUGGAGUCACAAUUAUUUUAUAUAAAACCAAAUGCCAGCCUCCUGCACAGAUAAACAGUUUAACACCUGGGAAGAUGUUCUGCCACUGCUGUAAAUUGCUGUCACAGAACACCAUGACUGAAGAUGAGAUUAUCCACUACAGGAGUGGGCUCGUGCUGCCUGUGGACAUAAAAUUAAGCACUGAGCUUAAUGUCUGUUGUGCUGUCGUGCUCUCAGCAUUCCAGCAUGGCUGUGAGAUGGGAGCAGAGCAAAUCUGUGCCACACCAGAAGGCUCGAUCAGUUCCAGAUGUGCUACAUUUGCCGUAUGUGCAAGAUGAAAUGUCAAGACAAGAGCUGCAGAACAAAAAUCCUUAAAAGUUGUUAAAUGUUUAGAAGUAGCAGCGUGCUUGUAAAGCUUGGCUUAUAAAGCCUGUGAUAGCAUGGUUUUAGCCUCACUCAUGGAGCUGACAGGAGCAGUCACACAGCUGAGUGUGAUGGUGGCAUAAGGUAAGCCAUCUGCUUCCUCAGUACAAUAAUGUAAGGACAGUAUGAGUCUAAUUUGAGGGGUUACUGGAUUAACCCUCACAGGUGGGAAAUAAUAACUUAUGGCAGAGCAAGGUAGUUCCACAUCUCUCUUGUGUCCUAAGCCAUUCUGAAACCAGAUGCUCACAGUUCAGGUGGGGACACAAAGCACAGAGAAGAUGCUGUAUGGAUAGUGUCACUUGUCCCAUGUGCUGUUGUAUCUAUAACUCUGCAAUUCCUCCAGUUUGGCACGACUUUAUUGUCAUCCAUCAAUGUGAAAUGAUAAUCACAUGCUGAUAAAAUUCAUGGAACUUUGGUUUGAAAUGCUGGAUGUAUGUUCUUUACUACCUUUGGUGAAAAGUUUUUCCUGAUGCCCCAGGAUUUAUAAGAAGAAAUCAUUAAGCCAGAUAAGAAGAAACUUAUCAAAACAAGGCUACUCUCUGGCAUUAUCCAGAGUUUCUGGUGUAGGUGGUUUCUGGCUUCCUUCACUCUGUUUACCUUCAUGCUUCAUCCCCUAAGCCACAUCUCUCUCUGAGCAAAGUAAAACCUGUAUGUUGAAUGUUGUGAGACUGACUUUUUGUUGUGACUGGAAACAGUUUGUCAAAUAUAUUUGAAGAGUCUGUUUGCUGAAUAAAUAACAAAGAUUUCAA